UGAUGCUGCGGUAAACUCAGUCAUUCACCUAGGUCAGGAAGCCGUGUGAAAGGUACAGGGGAAAUAUUUUAGAUAUGCGAAGCUUUAAAAAGAGAUGUGGUACAAACGAUGGGGUUCAACGAACACUAAGAGCUGCUCGUGGUCUGCCUUCACAAAUGCUAAAGUUAGAAGGAAGCUAGCAUGGAGACAUUUGUUUUUCUAUUUCCUCAAUUCAACUUUUUGGCCCCAAAGGAGGAAGCGUAUUUCAAAAUGCUUGGUCCUAAGGACUUGAAGGCACCGAGAAUGAAAGAUAGUAAUUCCAGAUUGAAAGACAAGAGGUGCCAACUGAGCCUUCUGCUGACCAAGUCAGGCUCCCAUGAAAACAUCAGUCCAGAAAAGAAGACCGCCACCGCAACCAGCAACAUCUCACCGGAGGCAGCUUUGAGUUGGAGUAGCACCUUUGAAGAGCUGCUCAGACAUUCAGAUGGAGUGGAGACAUUUUCUCAGUUCCUCAGAACAGAGUUCAGUGAGGAGAACAUUGAGUUCUGGUUGGCCUGUGAGGAAUACAAGACCAUCGACUCGGAUUCCAGGCUCAUCACCAAAGCCAAGCAGAUGUAUGCUGUCUUCAUUGAAGCCGAUGCCCCAAAGGAGGUCAACAUCGACUACGCAACAAAGGUGGCCAUCCAGAAGGCCAUCACCACGCCGACGAAUACCUGCUUCGAUGCGGCACAGAGCAAAGUCUACAGCCUGAUGAAAAAAGACUGCUACCCGAGGUUCCUCACUUCCGAAAUCUACCUUCGCCUCACCAAGAGAAAAGGCCCCGGGACCACCAUGUUCCGCCGGAGGUCACGGUCCUGCGUUUUCAAUGAGCCGCGAGGGGAGGCCACGGGCGACUCCUCUGCCUGGUUAUAGAAUCUUAAACUGAGAGUAGCACAAAACACACACACACCCUUCUGAUUUAUCUUGCAGUGCAAUGCGUGUAUCUGACUCGCUGUGUGACUCGUUGUUGUGUUUUUCUGAAGAGAUUUGACUUUACAGCUAUCAGUUAAAGUGUUCCCCAUCUAGACACAGAAUACUGUGUUCGAAUACUAAUAUGCAACGUUCAUCUUGAUUACCGUUAAAUGUCUUGCCACUGCUUGUAUUAAUUCAAUAAUUUAUGAUAAUAAUCUGUUAUGUUGGCUUUUAGUUGUAAAUUGUAUAUAUAGUCUGGAGAGUAAUUAUUGGAAUAAACUAUGUAUUAUUAAAGCUUUUUCUAAUGUU